AUUUGUUUCCUCUCUUUCCUCCUCUCUCAAACAAAAAAAAAAAAAUUACAAAUAAUUUCUUACUCUCUCUUACAUUCUUCUUCUUCUUCUUCUUCUUCUUGAAGAUUGACCCAUGAGAAAUGUCUAUGAAUUCUAUUAACCAAACUUACGUAUGCGAAACUGUUGAGCGCCGUGGGGAUGAUGCAUGGCAAUAUCUAUUCCAAUUCUCUGUAAAAUCCCCUUCUUCUCUCUUCUUAUUACAACUCUCUGCAAUUUCCUUAAUUUCUCAACUCAUGGAAUCCCUUUUCAAACCCCUCGGACAAUCUACAGUCGUCUCUCAUAUCUUUGGUGGCAUCAUCUUGGGUCCUUCGUUCUUAGGGCAAAAAGAUGAGAUAGCAAGAACGUUGUUCCCCCAACGAGGGAACCUCACAUUGGAAACUUUUGGAAGUUUUGGCCUCAUGUUCUUCCUCUUUGUCAUGGGAGUGAAGAUCGAUGCAGCAGUGAUGCUACGGCCAGGGCGACAAGCAUUGGUUGUAGGUCUGUCUGUGUUUUUCUUCACCUUAAUACUACCACUCACAUUUGUCUUCAUUUUGAAGCAUUCCAUCCCAACACACGACCACAUCACCGACGCUCUUUAUCUCAUAGCUUUGUGUCAAACCUUGAUCGGCUCUCCUGUUAUCGCUUGUCUACUAACCGAGCUCAAGAUCUUGAAUACUGACAUCGGCCGCCUAGCAAUUUCAUCAUCAAUGUUCUGUGAUGUAUUAGCCAUGUUCACAACAGUCGCCACGUUAUCAUUCACGGAGAACAAGAAAGCCAACAACGGCCAAACUCCAAUAUAUUCACUAAUAUCAUCAUUUGCACUUAUUGCUGGCAUCUUCUACGUCUUCAAGCCUGUACUUCUUUGGAUGCUCAAGCGUUUUCAACAACGAAAGUUGAUCCAGGAAGUCCUUAUUAUCUGGAUAUUCCUUCUUGUAUUGUUCUCUGGGUUUCUGAGUGAAAUCAUAGGGCAACAUUAUUUCUUGGGGCCAUUGGUUCUUGGCUUGGUUGUGCCAGAUGGUCCUCCACUGGGUGCUACCAUUGUAUCCAAAUUGGAAACUUUAGCUUUAAGACUGUUCUAUCCAACUUUUCUGGCUGUUAGUGGAUUGCAAACCAAUAUCUUCAUUAUCAGACUUGGUGAUUCUUGGCCUGUUGUGGUUGUUAUUCUGUUUUCCUGUAUGGUUAAGAUUGGAGCAGUGGUUUUGCCGGCAAAAUACUUCAAUCUACUAAACGCAGAUGCCUUGGUUCUUGGCUUUAUUCUGAAUGCUAGAGGGUUCUUGCAGCUGAUUCUUUUCAAUUUCUGGAAGCAUGGUCAGUUGAUGUCAGAUGAAGAGUUUUCUUUAUCUGUUAUGGCAGUGGUGGUUAUGACAGCCAUUAUAACACCAUUAAUCAGACUUCUUUAUGAUCCAUCAAAACGCUACUUUUCAUCAUCAAGAUGUACAAUUCAACAUCUGAAAGCCGAGUCUGAGCUUCGAGUCUUGGUCUGCAUUCACCAUCAAGACAACAUCCCCACCAUCAUUAACCUCCUUGAAGUGUCUUAUGCUUCAAGAGACAGUCCACUUGUUGCCAUAGCUCUAAUUUUGGUCGAGCUCGUUGGGAGAAGCAAUCCGGUUCUUAUUGCACACCAAGCGGAUUGCACGCUCGAUAGAUCUUCGUCUAAAGCAACCCACAUUAUCAAUGCCUUGAGGCAAUAUGAAGAUCACAACGCAGGCUAUGCUACCGUCGAUGCUUUCACCGCGAUAUCGCCAUACGAACUAAUGCACGACGAUGUUUGUAGACUCGCAUUUGAUAAGAGGGCCACCAUUGCUAUUCUUCCUUUCCACAAGCAGUGGGCGAUCGAUGGCACGAUUGAGAAGGUGAACCGACCCAUCCAGAAUAUGAAUUUACAAAUCCUUGAAAUGGCACCUUGUUCAAUUGGAAUUCUAGUAGAUAGGGGAGUAUUGACCAAGCAAAUAUCUGUCUUGACUGCACGAACUCCAUAUCAUAUUGCAGUGUUGUUCGUUGGUGGCCCUGAUGAUGCGGAGUCAUUAGCGUUAGGAGCCCGUAUGGCCAAGCAUCACAUGGUCGACUUAACCGUCAUUCGGUUCCUUCUGUUUGGAGCUGAAAACAGCAAGAAUAGAAAGCAUGACACUGAGUUGAUCCAUGAAUAUAGACAAGCCAACUUGGGGAAUGAGCAUUUUGUGGUUGUGGAAGAGAUGGUGAGAGAUGGCUCUGGAUUAGCUGCAUCCAUUAGAGGCAUGGAGGAUUGCUUCGACUUAAUAAUCGCGGGACGACGACACGAGGAGAACCCCAUUCUCGACGGCCUUCACCAAUGGAGUGAGUGUCCGGAACUCGGGGUGGUCGGUGAUAUACUUGCAUCUCCGGACUUCAGGAGCUCGUCGACGGUGUUGGUGGUGCAGCAACAACGGUUAAGAGGGAGAUUUUCAGGGAGAAAGAUGAUGAAUAGUGGCCUUGUUCACGAUGCUCCGGCGGGAUCUUGGUCUAUAAUGAUGGAGAGAUGAAAAGGAGGAUAGCUUUACAAAAUCCUUCUUUCUUUCCUAUUAGUUUUUUUUUUUUUUUUUUUGUAAAUUUAUUAGAUAAUUCACUAGGCAUUUAGAAAGGUGGUAAAUAUAGGAAAUUUUGUAUUUAAUUUGUUUAAUAAUCUAAUUAUAAUUAUAAGAUUGUUCGAGGAGAUUUCUAGAGAAAUUUAUUAGAGUUUGUUUUCCAUGAA